AUGACGCUGGACUUCGAUGUGGACGAUGCACCAACCUUCCCUGAGCUUGUGCGCGAUGCUCGCUGCGAUGUCAUGAAAGGUCGCGCGAUGUCUGCGUGCUGGUCAGAGCUGGCUGAUCAGCAUACAUUCUUCAAGGACAUCGCCAAAGAGGGUCGCAUUCGUGCCGAAACCUUCGCUGCUGUGCUGGCUGCUGUCCAAGGGAUCUGCCAAGCAGUGCAGCGUGUCGAUCUCUUCAACUCCGAGGUUGAGGUACCUUCAUUGGCUUGCACUUCCCCCUUUUCGUCGCCGGCUCAAGGAGCAGCCGGGGGCACGUGGCCUGGUAGCCGACUUGAAGAGGCGCAGACGCUCGCGCAGGUCGCCCGUGCAUAUCUCAAUCUGUACUGCUCUACACCAAUCCCGACGCGUGCAGAAUGGGUUAGCUCGCUGCAGUUUCUUUUUCUUCAGUCCCUGAACGCGGUUAGCACAGAAGCCAAUGGCGCCAGUGCACCUUGCCCCGAUGGCGAUGUGGAUGCUGUCCUCACUACACCCACAUCUUCAACUUUGGGGCGCUACUUGACAAAGCUGCGUCAGAGAGUGGAUGGUGUCCUGAAGGAGUUGCCUGAGAGCGAGGUAGAUGGGAAUGAUGGUAGUUUUGUCGAGGAUGAACUGAGAGAGCUGCUGCUAUGCUGCAUGACGGUUGGGCGACGUGUGGCACGGGCGACCACGCUUCCCUCUUCAGACGCGUGUCUGACGCGCGAGAUGGUGAAGGCGCUUCAGGACUUUGUGGGGAGCUCGACGCUGGAGUGGUGA